CAGGAGCAUACUGUAAAAAAUUUUGGCAAAGAUAGCAAUGUCAACCCUAAUUAAGACCCAGCUCAGAAGGCUUUCCUUUACACCAUCAUUCCUCUGCCAAUAUGUAGACGACCUGAUAAUAUCCAUGCCCGGUGACCGCGAAACAGAAGUUUUGGAGAUAUUCAACAAUUUUGACGACCACAUACAGUUCACAAUAGAAAGAGAAUCAAAUAGAAGCGUGCCUUUUCUAGAUACCAAACUGAUCAGGCAAGAAGAUAAUACUAUAAAAUUGGACUGGUACCAGAAGCCAAGCAGUUCCGGCAGAUAUAUCAAUGCGUCGUCAUACCACAACAUCAAAAUAAAAGUGAACACCAUCUUAGGCCUAAAGAAAAGAAUCGAAGACAUCACACAUCCCACAUUGACAAAAGGAGCACUAGGAAGGCUAUUCCAACUAAUGAAAGACAAUGGGUACUCCAACCAACUACUUAAAAAACUACUAUACAGCACAACACGCCCUCCAGAGCCAACCCUGACGGCUGAAAAUGGGGGCAAUGAUGAUGACAUUCAAGACCGAAUCACCUUCGCAAAGUUACCAUACAUCAAAGAGUUGACAUUCGAGCUAACCAAACUAUUCAAAAAAUACAUGAACAUAAAAGUCGCAAGAUACACCCUAGUGGCCACCAAAUCAUUUUUCAGCAACACAAAGGAAAAAUUAAAAAACUCGUUUAAACGAAACGUAGUCUACCAGAUAAAGUGCAAACAUUGCCCCCAGGUGUACAUAGGACAGACUUCACAAGCCCUAGCAAAAAGAAUUUCCCUGCACAAAAGCGAUUCCACCAUUCGCCCAGACCGAUGUGCACUAGGCCAACACAUUAGAAACACAGGUCACAACGCAGAUUUCGAUAACGUAAUGGUAUUAGAACAAGAAGACAACUAUAACAAACGCUUAUUCCUCGAGAUGUGCCAUAUACAACAAAAUAACACAAUGAAUACGAAAUCAGAUACAAGCAAUCUCAGCAGUAUAUAUAGUUUUCUCCUAAGAUGUGAUCAAUAUGGACGAAACCCGCAGGAUCUUACAGAGUGAAUAUUCCCACAUAAAAAGGUGGUUUUAAAAUAAAAUAAUAAUUAAGAAACAAAAUCAUCCCUGUCAAGAAAAACAAUCCAUGUCAUAUGUUGUUCUAUGUUCCUGUUCUGUGUUCGUCACGUCACUUACUUCAUUUUGUUAUGCGCCGCUAUAUUUUCGAGAUAAUUAGGAAAAAUAAUAUUAACAUCGUACAAUACCCCAUAAAAUUUGUUAUUAUGAUAAUGUGGACUGACAGCCUUCAGCAAUUGUGCCUUUUUCUUGAAGCUGUGCCCCUGUUUAUGUCUUAGUAUUUAUGCUCCUGAAGAAGUCCACAAAGUUCGGACGAAAUAUAGAGCUGUUAAUACAAAUUGACUUUAACUAACUGCCCAAAAGUCGAAACACCCUUAACCUCUUCGAUAUCUCCUGACGACUAGUAUCUCACCUCGAUUAUAUAUAUAUAUAUAUAUA